AUGUCGAAACGAUUCUCGACCGCCGACGUGGCGUCGCACAACAAGGCCGACAACCUCUACAUCAUCGUCGACGAAGACGUCUAUGACUUGACGAAAUUCCAAGACGAGCAUCCAGUCCUACAACGCGUGGCUGGUAAAGACGCCUCGAAGCAGUUCUGGAAAUACCACAACGAGGGCAUUCUCAAGAAAUUCAAGGCAAAGUUGCAGGUCGGGUCGUUGGACACCAAAAAGGUAGAAGCAGCAGCAGCACCACCGACACCUCCGGCGACACCACCGCCGGCGGAAAAGGUCCGCCCGCAAGCAGAACCUGGGACCGUUGCUCCUGCACCGGGUCCGGCUGCGUCGGAAGAAGUCGAGGCGCUGGAUCCCUUUGGGUCUCUGAUUCCCUUUGGUGAUCCGAGCUGGUAUCAAGGCUACCAUUCACCAUACUACAACGAGACCCACGCAGCCCUCCGUGCCGAAGUUCGAGAAUGGGUCGACACCGAGCUCGAGCCCUACGUGACCGAGUGGGACGAGGCCAAGAGAGUACCUGAGGAGAUCUACAAGCAGAUGGGCGAACGGGGCUAUUUGGCUGGUCUUUUGGGUGUCAAGUACCCAGCGCAUCUGGUCAAGAACCCCGUCAAGUCCGUCCCGCCGGAGAAAUGGGACUUGUUUCACGAGUUGCUCCUGACGGAUGAGCUGUCACGAACCGGUUCUGGUGGACUGGUUUGGAAUCUGAUCGGAGGUUUUGGGAUCGGGUGUCCGCCGCUGGUCAAAUAUGGCAAGAAGGAGCUCCUCAAUCGCAUUCUUCCGGGUAUUCUCUCCGGAGACAAGAGAAUAUGCCUGGCGAUCACCGAGCCUGAUGCCGGCUCUGACGUUGCCAAUCUUACGUGCGAGGCCAAGCUGUCGGAGGACGGCAAGCAUUUCAUCGUCAACGGAGAGAAGAAGUGGAUUACCAACGGCAUCUGGAGCGACUAUUUCACGACUGCCGUGAGAACCGGUGGUCCAGGAAUGGGUGGCAUCAGUCUGUUGUUGAUCGAGCGCACCGAAGGCGUAAGCACUCGACGCAUGGACUGCCAGGGCGUCUGGAGCAGCGGGACUACCUACAUUACAUUUGAGGACGUCAAGGUGCCUGUGGAAAAUGUUCUGGGCAAGGUCAACAAGGGGUUCCAAGUGAUCAUGACCAAUUUCAACCACGAAAGAAUCGGCAUCGUCAUCCAAUGCCUACGCUUCUCCCGCGUCUGCUUCGAAGAGUGUGUCAAGUAUGCGUCCAAGAGAAAGACGUUUGGACAGAAGCUCAUCAACCACCCUGUGAUCCGGAUGAAGCUCGCGCACAUGGCACGCCAAAUUGAGGCCAGCUACAACUGGCUGGAGAACAUCAUCUACCAGUGCCAGCGAAUGGGCGAAACGGAGGCCAUGCUGCGGCUGGGCGGUGCCAUUGCAGGGCUCAAGGCUCAGGCUACGACGACGUUCGAGUUCUGCGCCAAGGAGGCCGCUCAGGUAUUUGGUGGCCUGGCUUAUUCGCGCGGUGGGCAGGGUGGGAAGAUUGAGCGGUUGUACCGUGAUACUCUGGCGUACAAGAUCCCAGGAGGCAGCGAGGAAAUCAUGCUGGAUCUAAGUAUUCGACAGAGCUUGAAGGUGCACAAGGCGCUGGGCAUGAAGCUGUGA